CCUGUCACCUUCAGCGGGGCCGGCCCGGGCGGGAGACGCGCGGCGGCGCCGCCAUGGUGCUCAUCAAGGAAUACCGCGUUAUCCUGCCUGUGUCUGUGGAGGAGUAUCAAGUGGGACAGCUGUAUUCUGUGGCAGAAGCCAGUAAAAAUGAAACUGGUGGAGGUGAAGGAGUGGAGGUCCUGGUGAAUGAACCCUAUGAAAGAGAUGGAGAGCGUGGGCAGUACACACACAAGAUCUACCACUUACAGAGCAAAGUGCCAACAUUUGUGAGAAUGCUGGCCCCUGAAGGAGCUCUGAAUAUACAUGAAAAAGCAUGGAAUGCCUAUCCCUACUGCAGAACUGUUAUAACUAAUGAGUAUAUGAAGGAUGACUUCCUGAUCAAAAUUGAAACUUGGCAUAAAUCAGAUCUUGGAACACAAGAGAAUGUUCAUAAACUGGAGCCAGAUGUGUGGAAGAAUGUAGAAGCUAUUUAUAUAGACAUUGCUGAUCGGAGUCAAGUACUUCCCAAGGAUUACAAGGCAGAAGAAGAUCCAGCAAAAUUUAAAUCUGUCAAGACUGGACGUGGACCUCUGGGUCCCAACUGGAAGAAGGAGCUGGGGAAACAGACAGAUUGUCCAUACAUGUGUGCUUACAAACUGGUAACAGUCAAGUUCAAGUGGUGGGGUCUGCAAAAUAAAGUUGAGAACUUUAUACAGAAGCAAGAAAAGCGUCUCUUCACAAACUUCCAUCGGCAGCUUUUUUGCUGGCUUGAUAAGUGGGUUGAUCUGACUAUGGAGGACAUUCGUAGGAUGGAGGAGGAGACCAAGAGACAGCUGGAUGAGAUGAGAGAAAAAGAUCCAGUGAAAGGAAUGACGGCUGCAGAUGACUAACGUGACUUCUUCCUUGUGCACUUUUGCAAGACAGUCGUCAGGAAGGCCCGGGGAAUCCACACUCUUGACUGACGGACCAUCUCUGGAUCAAGCCUUUCUAUAUCCAAUCGGCAGGCGAUUUUAAAUCUCCCAUAGCUAAUUCUAGAUGCCCCUUAAUAUUGUGAGCAAAUAGACCGUCUGGUACUAAGCACUCCAAUGUUAGCACGUAUACGAAGGAGGUAGCUCCUUGGAGACGUGUGACUUAGAGAUCGCUGUAUUUACGAUUCCUCCCUCCUUUUUUUUCAUUGUGUUCAGACCAAUUUCGAUGUGGCCCUGUUUGAUUUCCAGGUGACAUUUUUAGCUAAAAUAGUCUUGUGAUGUGGUGACUUAGAUUUUUUUUUUCUUUUUCUUUUUUUUUUUUUUCCAAGUGGGAUAAACUGCCACCUUUGUUCCUGCCCAGCCCUACACCAUUCUUUGAAUGUCUAUUUGGAGAGGGAAACUGUCAGUAUUUUAGAGUGCAAAACUAUUCCACAAAAUGCUAUGCUCUGACCCUUGCUCCCAGGGUAAGAAAUUUAAUAGCAUGUAAUCUGAAUACAUAAUCAGGAGUAGCCAGAUAUAGUUCUUGGUCUGCGAUGAAUCGUGAUACGUGGCUUCUGCACGGCGUUACUUUGUUCUGUCUUAGCAUACAUGAAUUAAAGACUGCACAGAAGCUGCAUUCAGCGUCCCCAUGCUAGGGCCUUCAGCACAUAACUGUUGAGUUUCAAUUUAGUGGUACAUGGUGCCCGUGGCCCAUGUAGCUGUGUUGUCCUUCAGCUGUGUGUGUCAGUCUUUCAAAAUCAUAAUGAAAAGUUGCUUGACAUAUGUUGCAACUUCCUGGUUCUUUAUUUACUAAGACUUCCCAUAACUUACAAAGCUAAAAUUAUUUUGACUAAUAAUAAUGUGAUUCUCCCUGGACAAAUUGGGAUGUAGCAAAAGCUGGCGUACAAGUGAAGUCUUGGUAUCUGAUUACAUCCAGGUGCCUGGGUCGGUGGUUCUGCUCAGCAAUAAUAUUCUUCCCAUUGCAAGACUGACUAAAAUAUCUCCUUUCAUGCUAUAAAAAAGCAACUUAUAAAGACCUGCAGUUGUUUUCUAGGAUAUCUGUCAGUUACUAUAAAUCACAAAGGAUACUGUUAAACGAUGUAAAGAGCUCUGGUUAUUCAAUGAACUCAAAUACUUGCUGUAACUAUCCUUAUGUUGAUAUCAGCUUUAGACAAUCAAAUAAGCAGAACAGAAUCAAAGAAAUGCUGCUUUAUUAAAUACAUAUGAGAAAAAAAAAAUUUCUUUGCUUAUGCCUAAGGCCCAAUGUUUGAUUUUUCUUUUUUUUUUCCUAGUAGUAAUCACUUUAUUUUCCACUUCUGUAUUUGGCAGCACUAACACAAAAUACUGAAUGCCAAACACAGUCGUGGGUGUAUCACCACUUCUGAGGAGUCGUCUUGGCGUUCUGUAAUACAUCCGACUCCUUCAGCCCUUCACACUCCUGCAAGCAGGGGAUCCUGAAAUGAUCCCGUGCCAUGCUGAACAAGUAUGUGCUGGGAUCCGAACUGUUUUCAGUGCGAGGGAAGAUGAGGCAUGCUCUGGAGGGAGAGGAUGGCGUUUGGUUUCUGGGGAGGGGGCAGUUUAUCCCUUUAUUUUUAGUUUGUUAUUUUGCCUUACUCAUGUCGAAGUGCAAUAAGCUCUGAAUUGUACCAGUAACUCUGGCAGGCUCUUCUCAGUGACCUCAGACGGU